GUUAGUUCACUUCGAUAGCUCUACGAGUUUGCACGUGAAUUUGUCCCAUAGACUCGACUCUCCUCAGCAGUGUGUGUCUGGGCGCCCGUCUCUCUGUGUGUAUUUCAUAUUAUUGUUAUUAUUGUUGUUAUGUGCGCUGUGUGGCUGAUCCGAAUUCAACAAAAAUCUCAAUCACAAUUCUGAAUGCCGAAUAUCGUCUCGCAUCUGAAUCUGUAUCAAGCUCUUCUCGAUCCAGCUGAAGAUGAUGUGUUUGUGACUUGACAACGACAACAACAAUCAUACAAAAAAAAAAUAAACAACAACAAAAAAAGCAACAGAAACAACAACAGCAGCAGCAACAAAUAUAACGUAAAUUCAACAACGAAAUACGCAAAAUAUUGUCCAAGUGCCAAGUGUUUAAAAAAAAAAAAAGCAACAAAGUGCAACAAUUACAAGAAGAAGAAGAAAACAAAAAAAUAAAUCACACAAUUAAAUAAAAUAUAUACGAAAGCCAAAUCGAAAGUAAAUUUUUUGAUAAACUGCGCAAUUUUUACGAAAUAUCCACACAACAAUUUUGCGGUGCAACAUUUUUGUCGUCGUCGGGCCGUCGGUGACGAAACUUGUUGACUGUGGGUGUGUUGCGUGUGUGAGCGUGUGCGCGGUUGUGUGUUGAGUGUGUGCUGCGUGUGUGUGCGAGUCGCGCGAUCGGCCGCCACGCCCACAUAUUUACGUCGCCACGUUGCCAGUAAAAGACUUCAAGACGGUUGCCUCACGGUUCGAGUGGAAUGAGCAUAGGGACUCAGGGCUUCCUUUCGAUCGAUCGGUCUACAAAGUCGUUAAACUGAGCCCCAACUUGGAGCCCUACCCCGCCAGCGUGGAGGGCCUGAACAGCCCCAGAGCGGUGGGGAUGGCCGCUACCUCCUAUAUGACGCCGCCCAGCGGCGAUCUCGACAUGGCGCUGGGUGGCGGCGGCGGCGGCGGUGGCUAUCACACAUCCUCGCCCCGAUCCGCCGCCGAUGCCGGUGAGAUGAAGUACAUGCAGCAUCAUCAUCAUCAUCAUGCGGCCGUUGCCGCGGCCGCCGCUUCGGCAUCACACCACCAGCAGCAGCUGCCGUCGUCGCCAUCGCCCAACGGACAGGUGCAGGGCGGCGGGCAGGGCAACAGUUUGGGCGGCCUGACGCCCGGCUCGGGCCUGGGUAGCUGGAGCGCCUUGCAUCCGGAUCCGUGGUCACUGCCCACACAUCAUACGACGCAUCAUCAUCCCGCCGCCGCCGCUGCCGCAGCCGUUGACUCCGUCAAGCAGGAGAUGUCACAUCUGACACAGCAGACGCGCAUCCAACAGGGCAUGGCAUCGCCGCACGCAGCCGCCGCAUGGCAUGCCCCGCAUGCGGGUCACUAUGCACCCACCGGCGGAUCGCCGCUGCAGUAUCAUCAUGCGGCCAUGAACGGCAUGUUGCAUCAUCAUCCGGCCCAUCAUGCGGCGCAGGUGGCGCCACUGCAUCAUGCGCUACGCGGCGAGUCGCCACAGUUGCACAUACACGCCCAUCACAUGGGCGGCGGCGGCGGCGAUCGCGACGCGAUCAGCGGCGGUGAGGAGGACACGCCCACAUCCGACGACCUGGAGGCAUUCGCCAAGCAGUUCAAGCAGCGACGCAUUAAGCUCGGCUUCACCCAGGCGGAUGUUGGCCUGGCCCUGGGCACCCUGUACGGCAACGUCUUCUCGCAGACGACCAUCUGCCGGUUUGAGGCUCUACAGUUAAGUUUCAAGAACAUGUGCAAGCUGAAGCCGCUGCUCCAGAAAUGGCUCGAGGAGGCGGACUCCACCACCGGCUCGCCGACGAGCAUUGACAAGAUCGCCGCACAGGGACGCAAGCGCAAGAAACGCACCAGCAUCGAGGUAAGCGUUAAGGGCGCACUGGAGCAGCAUUUCCACAAGCAGCCAAAACCCUCGGCGCAGGAGAUCACAUCGCUGGCGGACUCGCUGCAGCUGGAGAAGGAGGUGGUGCGCGUGUGGUUCUGCAAUCGCCGACAGAAGGAGAAGCGCAUGACGCCGCCGAACACGCUCGGUGGCGAUAUGAUGGACGGCAUGCCACCGGGCCAUAUGCAUCACGGUGGCUAUCACUCCCACCACGAUAUGCACGGCAGUCCCAUGGGCAAUCAUUCGCAUAGCCACAGCCCGCCCAUGCUGAGCCCCCAGAACAUGCAGUCGGCGCACCAAUUGGCGGCUCACUAGCAAUCAGAAAUCCAGGAGUCGAACUCAGCUGCAGCUGCGUCCACUCCUGCCAACAGUCUGCACCAGCAACAACAGCAACAGCAGCAACACCAACAGCAACAACAACAGCAACACCAACAACAACAGCAACAGCAGCAGCAGCAGCAGCAGCAACAACAGCAGCAGCAGCAGCAGCAGCUCACGCCCAAUACGCCCUCUUCUAGUGCGGGCUCCUCGGUGACGAUGACCAGUCAGGGUCAGGUGAUGUCGCCGCAGAGCCCCUUGGGCAGCUCCUCAGCUGGUGGUCAGACGAAUAACAAUAACAACAACAAUAAUAGCAGCACCAACAAUAAUAAUAACAACAACAACGAGGAGCAAGUGAAGCAACAACAACAGCAACAACAACAGCAGGCAUCCAGCAUAGCAGCCGCUGCAGCAGCUGCCAUGUACAUGGAUCCUAUGCGCUACCAACACGCGCACCAUGCCCAUCAUCCGCACCAGCAUCCGCAUCUGAAUCCCGCGCAUCAUCCGCACCUAUUCCAUACCAGCGAUCAGCUGCAACAUCCGCACGCCCAGCAUCUGCAAUCGCAGCAGACGGGCGGCAGCAGCAGCUCCCAGCUUUCGCCCGGGGCGGGCAGCAAUAGCGGGCUGCCACUGCAGCCGCCUAGCGCCGCCUCGCCGGGCUCGGCAUCCAGUGUGCUGGGCGGACAUCUCAAUCUGAAUGCCCACUCGGCGGCGGCACUGCACCAGCAUCAUCAUUACCAGCACCAUCAUCAUCAGCAGCACCAUCAUCAUCAGCAGCAGCAGCAGCAGCUGCACGCCCGUCGCCUCUUCGAGCUGAGUCUGCAGUUUGGUGCUGCCGCCGCGCCGGGUGCAGUGCGUCAUUUCAAUAGCUUUGGCGGCGGCGGUGCGGGCGGUGAAUAGCAUUCGUCGGCCGCCUGGUUUGGUUACGAGUCCUCCUAGGACACAAUGCCAGACGGGUGGCCGGAAUGCAAGCGCGAGCAGCCCUAAAAGCGACAACAUCUUCGUCCUCGUCGUCGUCGUCGUCGUCGUCCAAGGGCUGCUCCACACACGCCACACUUUUACCAGUGCAUUAAUCUGUGUUACAACUUGAACUAAGUAGUAGUUAGGGCAGUGGAUCGAUCGGUUAGUUGAAUACUCUUCUAUAUAUAUAUAUAUAUCCAUAUAUAUAUAUAUAUAUAUAUAUAUAUAUAUAUACAGCCUGGCACCGCCGCCUGCCGCCUCUGCCUGUCGUUUCUUUUUUAUAUACAUACAUUUAUUUUUGUUUCCAAACUUUCAAAGUUUCAAAAACUUUCUAAAACUCGAUGUAAAAAUUUAAACAAAACAAAAAAAAAACACGCAAUUCAAAUCAAACGUGAAACCAAGUGAUGUUGUUUUUAAAUCUAAAUUAAAUAAAACAAAAAAGAAAACGAAUUAAAAUCGAAUCGAAUCGAAUCGAAUCGGAUCGAAUCGAAUAUCGAUAACUAGCUAAAGUGCGACAAGUGUUGGGAAAUGCGCGAAAAUACUUAAAAAAAGCAACUUUUGGCCUUCAGCUGCAUUCCAUCAACCAAGGUAAAUCUUACAACCAUAUGACCACCAACCACGCCCCCGCCCCCCUGCCCCUAGCUAACAUUUCGCAACACUUUGUCGCCCGUCUUGGUUAAGAGAUUUAGCAAAAAAUAAAAAAUAAAACAAAAGCAUAAUAACAAAACUUAAUUUUUAAGGCAAUGUAAUGAAUAUAAUUAAUAAAUAUUGUAGCGCUCAAGUGGUUCAAGUCGCCACCGCAGACUCUGAUGACUCGGUUCUAGCUAGGGUUAUAGGUUAUAUAUAUACACACACACAUAGAUAUAUAGCCAGUAGAUUGUACUCUAUAUAAAUAUAUGACAAAAGUUAAAAAACAUAAAAACAAAACUUAGAAUUUAGUCAAGAAUACAAAAAA